UAAAAGUCAAAAGUCUAAAAGUAAAAAACGCCUUAAAAAAGUAUGAAAGUUAAGAGAGUUGAUGCAUUUAUAUCAUAUAUUAUACCUAUUACGAAGUAAAGUGUAUUAACGUCAAUUUAAGGUGAAUAUUCCAAAACGGCUUAAUUACAAAAAUUAUCUGGAACACCUGCAGAAAAUGAAAAAUAUUGUUCCGAAAACAGAUAGCAAACCUCCUAAAUUUAACGUAGAAGUAUAUUUUAAGCCACGUCGUUUAGAAGUCGACGCCAGAAGAGUCAGGGAACUGGAUAAAGAAAAUAUGAAUUUGUUAAAAUCUUUAAACAUUAUCACUAGAUUAGGAGUAAUUAUUUAGCUCUCUUUUCUGGAAAUAAUAAUAAAGUGAUAUAAGAUUUUGCUGAAAGAACAUCUGAUUGCAGGGUGUUGUUGAUUGCUGGCAAAAGAAAUAUACAUAUAAAAGUAAAUUUGAAACCCAACAUUUAGAAAAUAAAAAAAUUAUGAAAGAAAAUGAUGCAUUGCUUAAAAAAAUAAAUCAGGUAUCUAGUCAAUAUACUGCAGCAGAUUUUAUAAAAGAUUGGAAACAUUUGAGAGCAAGAUUAGAUGUUGAAAAAAAAAGGAAAACCGAAAAAUUAAAAAGGACUGUUGUAACGCCAGGUAUGAAGAAGGACUAUUGUAUGCUCUAUGAUGCAGCACUAUUUCAUACUUUAGAUCAAUCAGUUAGAAGUAGGUGCUUUUUAGAGAUCAAAGAUCAAGAAAAUAAACAAAUUUUGGGAACCAUUGUGAUCGAACUCUAUAUCGAUAUCGUACCUAAAACGUGUGCGAAUUUUGAAGCUUUCUGUCGUGGAACAAAUGGAUUAUCUUACAAGUAAAAUAAACGUAGAAAUGUUAUUUUUUUAAUCUAUUUUAUAAUUGUGAUGUAAUGCCUGUAUAUAGAAAUACUCCAAUUCAUCGUAUUGUUCCGGGAUAUUGGUGUCAGGGUGGAGAUGUAGUGAAAUUUAAUGGCCUUGGUGGUACAUCCAUAUAUGGAGAUAGUUUCAAGGACGAAAAUUUCAAUUUGCGUCAUGCUGGUCCUGGUGUACUUUCUAUGUAUAAAACCAAUGAUAUGAAAGAAAAUAAUUCUAAAUUUAAUCUAACAUUUAAAACAUUGAAAACAAUGGAUGGUAGAAGAGUAGUAUUUGGAAAAGUUGUAUCCAAUCUUUCUGUAAUCUAUAAGAUUGAAGAAUAUGGCACAAAAUCUGGCAAGCCAAUAAAAUCUAUUAUCAUAUCAAAUUGUGGAGUUCUAUCAUCAAAAAGCAAUAUCCAUAAAUAAUAAAAAUGGUCUAGUGGUA